AUGUCGUCACUCAAGAUCGGUCAGACGGUCGAGACUUCCACGAACCAGACCGGCAUCAUCAAGUACAUUGGCACCAUUCACGUCGCUGAAGGCGAUUGGCUUGGACUGGAGCUCCCAACGCCGACAGGCAAGAAUGAUGGAUCCCCUGCGGCGAAGCCGACUCCGAAGCCGAAAGCGCCUGUGGUACCGAAGGCGCGCCCGUCCAGUGUUGUCGCCCCGAAGCCUACACCAAGGGCAUCGAUUGCUGCAACGAAGCGGCAAUCAAUUGCCACUACAACUGCUCCUCCCCCCGUACGCGCGCCAGUGCGCAAGCCCAGCAUUGCUGGGUCUUCAACGGCAUCGUCUACUAUUCAGGAUGCACGACAUCGGUCAAAUGCUACAGCAUCCUCCGCGUCUACUACGUCCAAAGCCAGCAGAGACACGAAUGUCGAGACACUCAACACCAAGAUUCGACAUCUCGAGAAACAACAUGGAGAUGACCAGGAUCGGAUCAAAGAUCUCGCGCAGGCAGCAGAUGAACGCGACCGGUACAAAGCUAUCAUCGAAAAGCUUCAAAGCAAAUAUCAAACACUGCAUCUGGACUCGGCAGAGCUCAAAACUCAACUCCAACAACUCCAGUCGGACAACGACAGCCUCGCCAAGAAACAAGAGGAGCACGAGGCCGAUUGGGAGAUAGCACUCCUCGACAAAGAAAUGGCAGAAGAGCGUGCUGAGCAGGCGGAAUCAGAGCUGGAAGCCGUCCGCGCGAAGCUGGAGGAACGAGACAUGGAAAUCGAGAUCAUGCGCGAGGAAGCAGCCAUGUUCACCACAGAACUGUCAGAAGAAGACAAGGAAGCGGCUGGAUGGUAUCGCCUCCAGCACGAGAACGACCGCCUGCGACAAGCCUUGAUCACGUUGAAGGAGAUGACCGAGGAGAAAGAGCGAGACAACAAAGCACGUUUCGCAGAACUUGAGAUGGAUCUGGCGUCACUGGACGCGAUUCGCCAAGAACAUACCGAACUGCAAGACAGAGUCCACAAGGAUGAGGGGAUCAUUGAGCAUCUGCGCGCCCAAGUCGACGCCAGCGCAGAGUGGGAGGACCUUUCCAACGAACUCACGGAUAAAAUCCAUGAUUUGGAGGAGAAGGCCAAGAGACAGGAAGCCACUAUCCGCGAGCUGGAAAGUGAGGCAGAGCUGAACAAUGAGCUUCUGGUCGUGCACAUGGACGAAGAGGAAGACCUCCAUGCCGAGCUCGAAGCUAAGGAUUUCGAGAUCGCCGAGCACAUUCACAGACUUGAGCUCCAAGAAGUUGCCAUCGCCGAUAACCAGCUUCUUGUCUCGAAGUUCAGAGAUCUGGUCUACAAUCUACAGAGCAGAUUGGCCGACGCAGAGUCGUCGCGGACCAUGACGGAGGCUCAGAUCAGGGACACUACUGGACGCAUCGACGAGGUCAUGGAUCUCAAUCGACACUUAAGGGCGUCCAACCGCCAAGCCACGUUCAAAGAAGUCCAGCUUGGGCUUUAUCGACUAGACGCUGAAGUCGCAUCAAAGCGACUUGCCAUUUCGACAGAGGCCCAAUCGGCUGAAUUCCUAAAGAGUCUCCCGGUCCAGACUUAUUUCACGGCAAUCAGUGUUGGUGCCAAGGCUUCACUCACAUCGUCCUUGUUGUUGACAGCCGACCGCGAAAUGAGCUUCAAUGGAGGCCUUGAGGAAGCUAUGGCAAGGCUAUCUUGUGUGGAAGCUGUUCAAUGCCUCGCUUUGCUCCAAACAGGCAGCAAGCGCUUGUAUUCCGCGAUGGAAACAUGUGACCUUGCUGACUUCGCCGCCUUUGGUCCAAUCGACCAGGAGCUACGUGUCGUAGAGAAGACCCUCGACCACACCCACGAGGCUCUUGUAAACGACGAGAUCAACUUCACCGACAUGGCCAACAGCUUAGCACAAUCCCUGAAGAUUCAGGAUGCGGUCCUUGUCGACCAGCAAAACAUUUUGGCAAUGAUGCCCGAGGAUGAGUCCACGGCCCACAUCCAGAGGAUCGUUGCUCGUUUAGACUACCUUGGUAGUAACUUCGCCGUCAUCACCACAAUGAUGUCGUUCCUUGCCAGCAACGCCACUGAGCUGCUGGUGAAAACUGCGGCUCAAGACAUCAACCCCGAUGACGUUACUGCUGCGGCACAGCGGGUUCUAGAGCUGUUCGCCGGUCCAUCAGUGAUUUGCAACAAGGCGGUUGCUGCCGGUCAAAAGUUGCUGCGCACAGUGGACGCAUUGCGUAGUGAUUCACUAUAUCCUCAUAUCUUCAAAGGUUCCGAGGACAUCAUGGAGCAAGAGGCCUAUUUGGCGAAGCUCGCGCGCGACGCUGCUCAAUGGGGCCGCAACACGUUGAGCAUUAUCAACGCCUCCUUCCAGCCAGAGCCGUCGCCGUCUUGGUCGGAGCUUAAGAUAGAGGACAUGUUCGCUUUCUAUUGGAGUCCAGAGCUGCUGCGCCUUGACACCACCGCCCAACGGCUGGACGCCUGGACAGAAGAGGCAUCUUUGUUGUUGAACACCAGCGAGAUUGUCCACGGUCCGACACCCUGGGCCCAAAAGGCAAAAGAGAUGGAGGCUGCACGAAAGAAGAACUCAGAGGCCUCUGUGCUGCUCGAGAAGCUCAAGGUCGAGCACAAAGCCACUCUGCUGAGCCUUCAUGAGCGAGAGCAGGUAAUUGAGACUAAGAGUCUCGAGAUCGAGCAUCUCGACGCGAAAUAUCGGGAUGCCAGCAACAAAGUCACAGAUGCGCAGCAUCUGAGAGAAAAGCUCAUCAAAACUGAGCAGGAGAUGACAGAUCUUCGAACCAAGAUCACCGAUCAGCAUAGUCAGAUCGAGGCCCUUGAGCAAAACAUUGCCAGGUCGGAUCGCUCUGAACACGCGAUCAAUCUGCCAGACGCUACAAAGAUGGUGACAGAACCUGUCGAACAGCCUUCCGCCUCGCGCACUAUACCAGCUCAAGUCAAUUGCCUGUUGUCGGCUCUUCAAACCGAAAAUCACUGGCUACGUCGACGUGAACAUACCGACAUGUUUGAUCGCAAUCUGAAGCACGUAUUUGGGAAGAUGCGCCACGCCCAGCAGAAGACGUACGCCCAAACCAUUGAUCGUGCAUUGACGGAUGUCCUGCUUGAGAUGGAAGAAUCCGAUGAUGACUCCAGUCUCCACGAAGACGCCGAGGACCAUGCCGCUGCGCAGUCGUUAAUCUCGCGACCUAAGAUGUUGCCAAUGGGUGUUGGGCCUGUUCAGACAGCUUGGCAGACUUCCAAUGGAACACCAGAACAGUAUUACGCCUUUCUAGAGUCAAACGUGGUUGGGCCAAUGGGGUUUAGACUUUGCACUAUCCCUAAGGGGGAUGAGGACAUGUUAGAGCUAUGGGACGAUGGCGCUUCGUCGGUUUUUGAGAGUCUGAGUGGCGAAAUGGGCAUUUGA